AGUCGUCGUCUGCCCGCCCUUCACCUGCUUGGAACCCGUGCGCACGGCCCUUGCCGACAGCGCCAUUGGACUGGGGGCCCAGAACAUGCACUGGGAGCGGCAGGGAGCUUCACCGGAGAAAUAUCCUCCGACAUGCUCUUGGCGGCCGGUUGCUCUUAUGUGUUGCUAGGGCAUUCCGAGAGAAGACAAUUUUGCGGUGAGGACGAUUCGCAGGUCAACCGCAAGCUAGUCUGUGCCCUCCGAGCCGGCCUGUGCCCAAUCGUCUGCGUCGGCGAGACCCUGCAAGAGCGCGAAGCCAGCCGAAUUGAGGAGGUCGUCCUCGGCCAAGUGGGCGGUGCCCUAGCCGGGAUUGAGGCGAGCGCCGCUAGCGCGGUGCUGUGGGCGUACGAGCCGGUUUGGGCGAUUGGCACGGGCGUGACGGCGACGGCCGCGCAAGCCGAAGAGGUGCAUGCGAUGAUCCGCCACUUCCUCGCUGGGCACUUGGUGCGCAUCCAGUACGGCGGCAGCGUCAAGCCCGAAAACGCCGCCGAGCUCUUUGCCCAAGACAACAUCGACGGGGGCUUGAUCGGCGGUGCCGCGCUGGACGCCGGGCAGUUUGCCGCUAUUGUGAAGGCCGCCCUUUAA